GCCUGGGGGAGCAGACUGUAUCAUCUGCCCUCCCGGCGGUCUUCAGAGGGACCCUUGGUCUGGCCUCCCAGGCAUGGAUACCUCUGAGGAGCCCAGCCGGUGCCCUGCCCAAGGGACAUGCCCAGUGUUCCUGGCCAUGAGCUCAGGAGCUGUCCUCUAUGCCCCAUCAGGCCCUGCACAGGAGAGGAACUUGGGAGAGAAACCCUGGGGCACAGACAGCUCGCCCCAGACAGACGAGGGGCUCCCACCAACCCUUGCAGCUGUCCCAGUCUCCUGGAAAAGCGUGGGCCCCUGCAAAGGCCACAGGGAGCCCCUGGGAGCCCUGGUGGAGGCCUCUGCAGGGGAGAAGGCCCAAGCUGAGGAAGGCCCUGCAGCCUCCCGACUGGAUAUGUCACGCCUUCGUAGCUCCUCCAUGGAGAUCCGAGAGAAGGGCUCAGAGUUCCUGAAGGAGGAGCUGCACAAAGCCCAGAAGGAGUUGAAGCUGAAGGAUGAGGAAUGUGAGCGACUGGUCAAGGUGCGUGAGCAGCUGGAGCAGGAGCUGGAGGAGCUGACAGCCAGCCUGUUUGAGGAAGCUCACAAGAUGGUUCGAGAAGCCAACAUGAAGCAGGCAGCAUCAGAAAAGCAGCUGAAGGAGGCUUGGGGCAAGAUCGACAUGCUGCAGGCGGAGGUGACAGCCUUGAAGACACUGGUCAUCACGUCCACACCAGCCUCUCCCAACCGUGAACUCCACCCACAGCUGCUGAGCCCCACUAAGGCUGGGCCCCGAAAGGGCCACUCGCGCCAUAAGAGCACCAGCAAUGCCCUCUGCCCUGUUGCUGCAUGCCCGCCUGCAGGGCGCACCCUCACCCCAGACAAGGAGGGCAAGGAGCCUGGGUUUCCUCCACUACUCUCCCUGCUCCUGUGUGUGAUCCCCAGCAAGGCCGUCCACCUUACCUACGAGCCAGCCUGGCAGCUCCCGCCUGGGGAGCCGCCCUCGGCCCCCACCUCUGCUACCUCUCUCUCCUUUUCCCGACAGGUGGACACAACCCUGUUUACAGAGUUCCAGACCUGGAGGGCAUCACCCACUCUGGACAAGACCUGCCCCUUUCUGGAAAGGGUGUACCGUGAGGAUGUGGGCCCCUGCCUGGACUUCACCAUGCAGGAGCUCUCAGCGCUGGUACAGUCCGCCGUGGAGGACAACACUCUCACCAUUGAGCCCGUUGCUUCUCAGACGUUGCCCACGCUGAAGGUGGCCUCUGUUGAGCGUGGCAGUACCAACACGUGUGCCCUGAGUGGGCUGGCCCGCACCUGCCGCCAUCUCAUCCGGCUCGGGGACUCUGAGAGCCAUUACUACAUCUCACCUUCCUCCCGAGCCAGGAUCACGGCAGUAUGCAACUUCUUUACCUACAUCCGCUAUAUCCAACAAGGCCUGGUGCGGCAGGAUGCGGAGCCGAUGUUCUGGGAGAUCAUGAGGCUGCGGAAGGAGAUGUCACUGGCCAAGCUUGGCUUCUUCCCCCAGGAGCCCUAGGGCAUGGCCCAGAGCCUGGAGCCGGACUCUGAGCAGGAAAGAACAGAUGUCUCAUAACAGACAGACCAGAAGACCGGGUCCUAAAACCAGCCCUGAGCCAGAAGCUGAAAGAACAGACAAACAGCCAAGCCAUGGAAGCACCACUGAGCCAUCACCAAAUGUCCAUUCCAGGACAAGUAGAGGGACAGAUUGGCCUGGACUUCAUGAGAUGACCUUUGUGUCUUCUCCAUGCAUUGUGCAACCACCAGGAGAAUUUCAAGAAAGCACCAAAGACCAUGGAACUCCAAGCCAUAUUUGGGGGAUUAGACCUUGGGGGGAGACCCCUGGAUGGCCAACAGCCCCUCCGUGGUCUAAAGAGCUGCUCCCUACAGGCACCUUGUUGCUGCCACACCUUCAGAAAGGGACUGUCCUGGGAUGGCCAGAUCUCCAGGAUAUCCUCCACUACAGUCCCUAGGCCCUGGUCCACCAGCACCCUCUAGUGGCCAUCCCUCAUCCUGUUCCCAUGUGGACUCCAUGUUGGACUGUCCCAGUAUCCCAUGCCAUUCCAAUGACCAGUUGGCAGCAUGGCCUCUACAGCUGUCUCCUCCAACCUGUGCAAGGUGGGGAACUGCCUCAAAGCACUAAAGAUGAACCCCUCUUCCCUCUCUCUAUAUAAAGGCUUCCCUUUUCCUCCCUCCCAUCUUGGUCUGGCUUCAAGAGGCUCUGAUCCCAAAACUACUGGACUGGGGCACUUUCCUCCUAAAGUGUGACACAGAGUGGACCUCAGGAUGCCUGCUGCAAUUGUGUGUGGCCAUUCAGACAACAGGCGCCCUGUAUAUUUGGGGCUGGAAGAGGUGGGCAGGACCUGGGCCUUGUCCCACCCAUUACAACCCACUCACUUGGAACAGACCAGGGUUAGGGGCUCCAACCUGAACACAUCCCUUACCAUGCCGGAUUUCCUUCUUUGAGUGGAAUGUAACUCGAUCUCUAUUUAAUAAAGGAAGGCUUUGUUGGUAGGAGCUGGGCAGCUGUGGCCUUCACUCCUGCGCCCCGGGGCUCUGGCCAGGGCUUGGGCAUCUGAAGGAAUGAAAUCAAAUCCUUUCCCUGCCAGCCCUCGUGCUUGGGAUUAAACUCAAAUCCUACAGCCACCUCCCCCUCACCACAGCCACUGCCAUUUACUUGCUGUAGGGAAGGUUGGAGCCCUCCUUAGUGUUCUGUGGUUUAUGGGGGAUUGGGAUGAGCCUGGCCUCCCUCUCUCUGUGUAGUUUGGGCAGUUCCUUCCUAUGUGUCUCCUCGCCCUCAAAGAUGGCCUAUUCCAGUCUACUAGCAGCCUGGAUCCCACAGUCAGAACAUCCACGCUGCCCAGGACUUGGCAGGACAGUGUACAAUUGAUUGGUGACAUCUGCCCAUAGCAUAGGUGGGUACUAUGGAAAUGCUGGAUUUCCCAGCCUGGGUCUUAGAUGGAUUCUUAGCAGGGAAUAGAAGACACAGUUGGAAGAAGGUGGGGUGGCUGGGGUUUCUGAGGACUUGGAGUAUGCAAAGGAGGUAUUGUGGUACCUAACCCCCCACCCACCCAAUACACAUACACACACAAACCUGUAGGGUUUUGUGCUGGGGCUAGUAUUACCUCAAGGGGACUUCUCUGUUGUUCUGAAGCCCAGGGCAACUCAGGCCUGAUAGAUCAGGCCAGCUUUGAGCUGGCUAGAGACUGUCAAGGUCCUCUACCUUCUCAUCUUCUCUGGCCAGUAGCUUUUCCCCAGGACUCUCCUG